AUGGCAGAGAGAGAAGUCCCGCUCAAGACCGUCCAGGUGGACGCGCUGGUUGUUAUGAAAAUAAUCAAGCACUGCACCCAGACAUUCCCCACGACAGCAACAGGGUCCAUCGUUGGCAUGGAUGUCAAGGGAAACCUGGAAGUCACCAACUCGUUCCCCUUCCCGAUAGUCGACCUCCCGCCAGAUUCGCAUUUGGACACCUCGCCCUCGAACACGGCGGCGGCUGCUCCGCGGGCGAAGUCGAACGUGGCCUACCAGGCCGAGAUGAUCAGAAUGCUGAGGGAGGUGAACAUUGACGCCAACAAUGUGGGGUACUAUACGAGUGCGAACAUGGGCAACUUUCUCAACUUGAACGUCAUCGAGAACCAGUACUUUUACCAGAAGGAGAUGAACGAGACUGCCGUGACGCUGGUGCACGAUGUCAGCCGAAGCUCCCAGGGACCGUUGAGCAUCCGGGCUUUCAGACUGUCGCCGCAAUUCAUGACUGCCUUUAAAGAGAACAAAUUCACCGCCGACAACCUCCAAAAAUCGAGUCUCAGACAUAGCGAGAUCUUUGUCGAGCUUCCAGUGCAGAUCCGCAACUCCCACCUCCUAACCACCUACCUGCACCAGAUCCCAUCUCCCGCACCCACCGACGAACUCGACCUGCCUCCCUCCCUCGCGGCCCUGCUCGCCAGCCCCACCGCCAACCCGCCACUGCACACGCCCAACUUCGACAACCUGUCCCUCAACAUCGACCCGUUCCUGGAGAAGAACUGCGACCUGCUGCUCGAGAGCAUAGAAACCCACCACACCGAGAACAACAACUUCCAGUACUACCAGCGCGCCCUGGCCCGCGAACAGACCAAGAUUGCAGCGUGGCAAGCCAAACGCAAGGCCGAGAACGUCAGCCGUGCCCAGCUGAAGCAGCCUCUGCUGGCCGAGGACGAGUGGCAGCGACUGUUCAAGCUUCCCCAGGAGCCCAGCAGGCUGGAGAGCAUGCUCAACACCUGCCAGGCGGAGCAGUACUCGAGCCAGAUCGACGGGUUCGUGGCAGCCACCACCGGCAAGAUGUUUGGCGUGCGAGGCAACCUUCUCCCCAACGACGCCCAGUCCUGA